GUCAGCUUCAUAAAGAUGUCUUUCUCCAUGUCGCUUGCUUCUUUAGAUCAGGGGAUGAGUAUUACGUGAGGUGUUUAGUGGAGUCUUGUGACACUGAGCUCACUGAUGAUGUGAGUGAGAUUAAGAAUCUCGUGAGAUAAAGGCGUUGUUGGUGCGCUAAAGAAAAGAGCAGGAGCAGAGAGUGUGAGAGGUGUUUUUCUCGACAUAUCUGAACUGAAGAAGAAGAAACUUCCUUUGGACAGAUGUGCCUUCACUGGGAUGGGUAAUCUUGGGUACCUCAAAUUCUAUAGUUCUCGUUGCCAUCGGGAAUGCGAAGCUGACAGCAUACUAAGCUUUCCUGAGGGACUUGAGUUUCCCUUGGAUGAAGUACGAUAUUUCUAUUGGCUGAAAUUCCCUUUGAAGAAACUUCCAAAAGACUUUAAUCCUAAGAAUCUUACCGACCUUAACCUUCCUUACAGCGAGAUUGAAGAGAUCUGGGAGGGUGUUAAGGCUACACCGAAGUUAAAGUGGGUUGAUCUUAGCCAUUCAAGCAAGUUAAGCAAGUUGUCAGGGCUGCAAAACGCUGAAAGUCUCCAGAGACUGAGUCUUGAAGGCUGCACGAGUUUACAGGAGUUGCCUCAAGAGAUGAACCGUAUGAACUGUCUUGUUUUCCUCAACAUGAGAGGAUGCACAAGUUUCCGGUUUCUUCCACAUAUGAAUCUGAUCUCUAUGAAAACUCUCAUCCUCACCAACUGCUCAAGUCUUCAGGAGUUUCGAUUUAUUUCGGAUAAUCUUGAAACUCUGAAGCUAGAUGGAACCGCCAUAACUCAACUUCCUGCAAACUUGGUGAAGCUCCAGAGACUGAUGGUAUUGAACUUGAAAGACUGCAUAAUGUUGGAGGCUGUUCCAGAAUGCUUGGGGAAGCUGAAAGCGUUGCAAGAGCUGGUGCUAUCUGGUUGUUCAAAGCUCAAGACGUUUCCAGUUCCCAUUGAAAACAUGAAAUGCUUGCAGAUUUUCUUGCUCGAUAGGACAGGGAUUACAGACAUGCCGAAGAUAUUGGAAGAUGUACGCCAAAUAAAAGGUGGUCUGAGCGGCGUAUCCUCAUUAUUGCGUCAUCUAUGCUUAAGCAGAAACGAUAUGAUCAGCAACCUGCAAGUAAACAUAAGUCAACUAUAUCAUCUGAGGUUGCUCGACGUGAAGUACUGCAAGAAUCUCACAUCAAUUCCGUUGCUUCCACCAAACCUAGAGGUUUUAGAUGCACAUGGCUGCGAGAAACUGAAAACUGUCGCAACCCCCAUGGCGCUUCUUAAGCUUAUGGAGCAGGUUCACUCUAAAUUCAUUUUCACCAACUGCAACAAUCUUGAACAAGCUUCAAAGAAUAGUAUCACAGUGUAUGCUCAAAGGAAAAGCCAGCUAGAUGCAGUUAGAUGCUAUAAAGAGGGAAAUGUUACAGAAGCUUUGCUUAUCACUUCUUUUCCAGGGAGCGAAGUUCCUUCAUGGUUCAACCACCGCACAAUUGGAUCUUCCUUAAAGCUCAAGUUUCCACCACACUGGUGUGACAACAGACUCUCAACAAUAGUUCUAUGCGCUGUUGUCUCAUUCCCUUACACACAAGAUGAGAUCAACCGUUUCUCAAUAGAGUGCAUUUGCAAGUUCACAAACGAACUUGGGACAUGUGUACGUUUCAGCUGCACUCUUGGUGGAGGUUGGAUCGAACCGCGUAAGAUUGAUUCGGACCAUGUGUUUAUCGGUUACACCAGCUGCUCACACCUAAGAAAUCAUGUUGAAGGGUCGCGAGAACAUCAUGAAUGUGUUCCUACAGAGGCUUCGAUAGAGUUCGAAGUGAGAGAUGGAGCAGGUGAGAUUGUGAAUUGUGGUUUAAGUUUGGUAUACGAGGAACCAAACCAUGUCGUUACUGAAGAAGAAUGUAAUGAGAUUUCUUCAAGAAGAGAUUUCUCAGUUGGAUUAAGUAUAGUGAGCUCUGCUGUUAGGUUUUUGUCCACUGUUUUGAAAUAUCUAUGGCUAGUUGUUGCAUUGUUUUUAGUUUUUGGAUUUACUAGAUUUUUUCUUUAUUGA